UGCAAAGAAUCAUUGCUUAAGGGCAAACCAAAUGUCAAAAUCUUUCAGUUUCUUUGCCAUAUUGACUUUAGUUGUUGCAGUGCAAUUAAUACAAGUUGAAGGUGUUUGCACAAACGUUGUGGCUAAUUGUGUUGAUAAAGAGGUACAUUGUCCACAGGUGUGUCAAGACUUUGGAAAAGGUGCUAAACCUAUAAGCACGAAUUGUGACUUCUACAACUUAUGCACAUGUUCUUAUGAACAUCCAGUAACAGGACAAUUUGGAGUUAAUCAAUGCAGUAUUGGGAUGGGACUAUGCACUAGUGAUUGUAGGAAUGAUUGUUGUGAUAAAAGGUGUACUAGCAAAUAUCCUAAGUCAGGUGUUGGGUUUUGUGUGCAAGACUAUGGUCUCGACUAUUGCUCUUGUACCUAUAGACGACCUUGAGUUUGUUCUUAAUUGAAACAAAAUACAAUAAACAAUAUGCAUGUCUAUGUCAAA